GUACAGCGGACAAAUCCGGUUCGCGUGAGAUGAGUGCCGGGGCCAUCAAAGAGGCCUGGUUCCGUUUGUUACACACCAUGGGCAACCCGGUCGAUCUAUGUGAUCCACAUGUGUUGGCCACUCCGGUACUGGAGGAGUGUCGACGGACGAUUGUCACACAUCGCGUUGGUCGUGCCUCCGUCUAUUUGCCGUAUAUUUAUCAUCAAUUGAUUCGCGGUGUGGCCAAUGUGGUGGACAGCUUCCUCGGUAUCCAGCCUAGCCUAUCCGUGGCUGUGCCGGCCGCCCUGGGUGUUCCACUGGAAUUGUAUGGCCUGAAUCUGAUCUUUUCACCUGCAACCGGGCACAGAGUAAAUGUGAUCGAGGGAGAUGGUACGUCUUCUUUGCUCUGCUUUCCCCAGUCAAUUAAUUCGGUGAAAAAUGUCACGGUUUUCGUUUCCACUCAGUUUCAUGCACUUGAUUUGGACCGCCACAAUUGGUAUUUCAAUUUUUUUUCUUAA